AUGGGAGUCAAUGGUCUACUACAGCAUCUUAAAGAGAUCCAAGAUCCAUGUUCUCUAGAACGGUAUCGUGGCAAAACAUUGGCCAUUGAUACGUAUGGAUGGUUGCAUCGCGCGUUGGUAUCGUGUGCUGAAGAUCUUUGCUUAGGUAGACCAACAAGGAAAUAUAUCACUUAUAUUCUCAACAGGAUCCAGAUGUUACAAUAUUUUGGCAUUACUCCUUUCUUUGUCUUUGAUGGGGCUUCUCUAUCUACUAAACAAGAGACCAAUCUUAAACGACGCGAGCUGAGAUCUGAAGCUAAAAAAUUGGCUGAAAAGUAUGCCGCAUCGGGCCGUUUACAAUUUGCAUAUAAAGAAUAUAUGAAGGCUGCUUAUGUCACUUCUCAAAUGGCGAAGCUGAUCAUGUGUGAGUUAGAUGUGAUGAAUAUACGAUAUGUUGUUGCACCAUAUGAAGCUGAUCCCCAAAUGGUGUACUUAGAAAAGAUUGGUAUUGUUGAUGGUAUUUUGAGUGAAGACUCGGAUUUACUCAUUUUUGGUUGUAACAAGCUCAUAACUAAACUCAAAGAUGAUUCAAGUUGUGUUGAAAUUAAUCGUGACGAUUUUAAUAAAGUUCGACAAAUUCCGUAUUUGGCCAGUUAUACCAGUGAACAAUUACGAUUAGUUGCCAUGCUUUCUGGUUGUGAUUAUACUAAAGGUAUACCUGGUGUAGGGCUCAAAUCUGCAUUUCAAAUGGUACGAAGAUAUCAUACAUUGCAUAAAGUUACAAUUGCAUUACGAUCAACAGGAAAGAAGAUUCCGGUUGAUUUUGAAGACGAGGUACUUAAAGCUAAUUUGGCAUUUCAAUUUCAAAAGGUAUUUGAUCCGAGAAAUCAGUCACUUACUACAUUGAAUGAAGUACCUCAAUCCAUAUCUGAACAAGUGGAUCUACUAGAAUCUUGUUGUGGCAAAACACUUAAUGAUGAAUUGGUGAAGAAAGUAUGCAAUGGAUUAGUUGAUCCAAAUAGUCAUGAACUACUUGUAUCACGAGAACAGAGUAUGAGUUCAUUGAAAUCAGUUUCAGUGAAAGUGAAGGCUGUUCAAUCGAAAACCCAAAUAGCAGUACGAUCUCAAUCGGAACCAGUUGUCCAAAAUCAAAGAAAAUCUGUAUUGGACAUGCUUAAAGUUUCGAAACAUGUUGCUAAACCAUCAGAACUUAUUUAUGAUCCAACACAAAAGGAUACUACACAAAUCAAUAAGGAAAAAAUACCAAUCUUCAAACGCCCAUUACCUGUCCAUACUACAAACAGGCAAAAUACCUCACCAACCUCGAAAAAGAUUCGUAAAUUACAAGGCAAUGUAAAUGAUAAAUUAGGUGGAACUAGUAAAUUCUUCGCUGUUCAAUCAGCUACUGAAACACCACCGCCCUCGAUUACUGAAUCUGAUUGUGAUUUAUCUAAAUGGAAUUCAAGUUUACUCAAUGACUUUGAAGUACCUGAUGAAUCUCCAAUCAAGAACUUUGAAACAAAGAAUCUUUUGGAUGAAUUGACCGAUAACGACGAUGAUAAUGGUGUUGAUGGGGUAGAACCGAGUGAGAAGGAAGAAAUUUUUAAUGACGAAGAUCUUUUAGUUAACUCAUUAAAUCCAAAUUUACCAACAAAACAAGAGACAAAAUUACCGCCGCUUUUGGUUGAUAUUGAUGACGAGGAUGCAAAAUUUGAUCUUUCUUCAAAAGACGACGAGAUCGAAGAAUCACCGAUCAAGAGAGAAGCGUCUUUCAAAGUGCAUAAUGAUUUAGCUGUUGAUAAUCUUCGACUGAAGUUUCAAUUCCUGCCAGCUAAACUUGCAAAAUUCACCGAGCCUACAAAGAGGCAACCAAGCUUGAACAAUCGCUCCAAUGUAAAACAUUCUAGACAAGUGUUGAAAGACAAGAGCACUAGUGUCAAUAAAAAUACCACAAGAGGAAUUCUAAAGAAGCCAGCCUCGAUCACUACCAAUACUAAACCCACUUUGCACGAUAAAGUUGUGAAAUUCGGACAAUUAAAACCAUUUUCCAAAGCUCAAAUUGCAUCUAGUCAAGAAGAAGAAUACGAACUUAGUGAAGACGAACUCAGUCCAAGAAGAUCACUCAAGAAACCAACUCCAUUCAUCAAUCUCAAACAAUUUGCAUUCAGAAAAUAA